AAAACCAUCAGCUCGUAUCAAUCAGAAACGAUCAUCAAAAUCGGCCGGUGAAAUUCACGGACAAAAAUGGUGCUUUAUCUUCUAAUGAUGUUGCUGACGGCGGCGACGACGUCUAUUCUGGUGGAAUCUGGCGACACGAACAACGUUUACUCGCCGUGCGCAGACACCACGGUGCAGUUGUCCGAUGGAUUCACGUUCGCGAUUGCGUUCGCACAAAGGCAAUCGUUCUUCUACAACGGAAACAAUAGCCUGCAGUUGUCUCCGUGCGACAGCAGGCUGCCUCUCGCCUCCUCCAACUCUCAGAUCUCUCUCUUUAGACCCAAAGUUGACGAGAUUUCUCUCCUUACCAUAAACACCUCCUCCUUCUCUCCGGACUCAUUAUAUGGUGCAGGAUAUAUGGUUGCAUUUGCUGGUCGCAAAUAUGCUGCAAGAUCCCUUCCUGCUUUUGUUGCUAACAGUACAUACACUGUAACGAGCUUUACCCUUGUGCUUGAGUUUAACAAGGGCAGGCUGCAAAACCUAUAUUGGAAAAGAGAUGGCUGUGCUAAAUGUGUGGGGGACUCUACCCUUGUAUGUCUCAACAACCAAGACUGUGCAAUCAAAACAUCCAACUGCAAAAACCAUGGUGGAAAUGUAGAUUGUAGCCUUGGGAUACAAUUAGCAUUCUCUGGCACAGAUAAACACCUUUCAGUUCUGAACUCGUGGUAUGAAGUGGAGAACCUUCGACAGUACUCCCUGUAUGGCCUUUAUUCAAAUCUUAAGGAUUCCCUCACUAGCCAGUAUAGCAAUAUCUUCUAAUUGUCCUUCUCAUGGUUGAUUGAUCUCUUGCUACUCGUAUGUUGUAACUCUUCUUCACUUUCUGUCUUGUUGAUUUGACAUACACUUCUGUUUCCCUGUUCGCUCUGUCUGGAUGCUUCUCCAUGCAGUUAACUUGAUAGUGUCAAAAGAUUUGCACUGCGUAAAUUAUGUACAAUAACUCUAACAUUAUGGAUAGCGAAUUGUAGGGUCUCAUCUGGUGCAGUAGAUAUUGAUUCCAUAUGAAGCACUUUUAGUUUGUCUUAUUCUUUAUGUUAAUAAUUAGUUUCUAAUGGU